CAUGCUGGGUAGGGCACUUUCAAGUCGGCCAUAUUGGCUUCAUCGUCCUGGCUGAAGGAGAGAGAGACGGGAGAUGAAGGGGAUCCGGGGUAUCAGUCAGUUAUCGAGACGCUUCUAUGCGGCUGCCAGAACAAGCCAGUCCCUUGCCCAGCCCCUGGCUGGCGUCAAGCUCUCUCCGGGGGCUGCCCACUCCUCCCAGGAUGUCCAUGUGACCAAACUGCCCAGUGGACUGGUGAUUGCCUCUCUGGAGAACUAUUCCCCAGCCUCCAAGAUCGGAGUGUUCAUCAAGGCUGGCUGUCGUUAUGAGACCCCUGACAACCAGGGGGUCACCCACCUCCUCCGACUGGCCUCCAGCCUGACAACCAAAGGAGCUUCAUCUUUCAAGAUAUGCCGUGGUGUUGAGGCAGUAGGAGGCAGCCUGAGUGUGACUUCAUCCAGAGAGAACAUGGUCUACACCGUCGACUGCUUGAGAGAUGACAUUGACACAGUGAUGGAGUAUUUGAUCAACGUGACAACAGCCCCGGAGUUUCGGCCAUGGGAGGUGACAGAACUUACACCCAGAGUGAAGCUUGACAAGGCCCAGGCUGCACAGAGUGCUGAGAUAGGUGUGAUUGAAGGUCUGCAUGAUAUGGCCUACAAGAACGCACUGUGCAACUCCCUGUACUGUCCAGAUCAUAUGGUUGGCAACAUCCAUGCUGACCAUCUGCACCAGUAUGUCCAGAAUAAUUUCACAAGUGCAAGAAUGGCUCUUGUUGGACUUGGUGUUGAUCAUGCUGUGCUGAAGCAAGUUGGAGAGCAAUUUCUCAACAUCCGCAGUGGAGUGGGCACCACAGGGGCCAAAGCUCAGUUUCGUGGAGGUGAGGUUCGGCAGACCAACAACAACAGUCUGGUCCACUCAGCGGUGGUGAGCCAGUCAGCAGCAGCGGGUACCGGCGAGGCUCUGGCCUUCAGUGUGCUGCAGCAUUUACUGGGAGCUGGUCCACAUGUAAAGCGGGGAUCCAACACCAGCAGCAAACUGGGGCAUGGUGUUGCCAAGGCAACUACUGACCCCUUCGAUGUCAGUGCUUUCAAUGCAAGCUACUCUGACUCUGGUAUGUUUGGAAUCUACACCAUUUCCCAGGCUGCAGCUGCUGGUGAUGUGAUUAAGGCUGCUGUUGGCCAGGUGAAGGCUGUUGCUGAUGGUGGAGUCACAGCUGCUGACCUCACUCGGGCAAAGGCCCAGCUGAAGGCUGAUUUCCUGAUGUCUCUGGAGACUUCAGAGGGUUUGCUGGAGGCCAUGGGCACUCAGGCCCUGGCUAACGGAUCCUACCGCACCUCUGCAGAAAUCUCUAAAGACAUUGACAACGUCUCCUUAACCGACGUCGCCAACGCUGCCAAGAAAUUCGUGUCUGGCAAGAAGGCCAUGGCAUCCAACGGCAACCUCAUGAAAACACCCUUCGUGGAUGAGAUCUAAAGCCCUCCCUAUAAUCUCCUACUGUACCUAACUCUUGACGGCAAAGCAGAAUUUGUUUCCUCCACAUUUUGACAAAAAGAGAAAGCGAGCAAAGUUCAUCAUCAACAUCAUCACCUUUUUGCAAAUGCUGUUGUUGUGAGAGAUAUCGUGUCAUAACACCACAGGGUACUUAUAGGUGUUGUAACAGUACAGUUUCAGGUGAUGCUACUCUGACGCGUCACAAUGUCACGCUCCACUCAUUUGUCCACAUUUACUGUAUAGCUGAUGUAAAAUAAUGAAUAAAUUCUAUCUACCAACGUGA